CAAGUGAAAACCCUAAGUAGGCAUCUUUUUUUAAUACAAAAGGAGGCAGAGGGAUUUUCCAGAUUCAUGGAACAUUGACAUGAACUACUUUUAAAAUGUUAAAUCAGCAGUCCAAAAAGGGCAUUAGUUAGCUAAAAAGUAAGCUUUAGAGGUAGAUGUUAACACGCAUCUUUCACAAUGUUAUUGUAACAAAGUCGUUUUCAUUAAACCAGAGAUCUGUAGAGACAGGAUUGGUAUCUUCGCGUUCCUCGCUCCGAAGCAGCAUUGCGCAUGUCAGACCCGAGUACCGGCAUCCGAAACAUCCGGUGACAGCGUUUUGUGGUGUGUUUGUGCAGUGUUUGGUAAUGAACCCUUGCUCGAUUUUUUUUAACAAAAGUGAAAAAGCAGUCAUGCCUGGUGCUAAUUGUGCUGUAUAUGGGUGCAGUGCAUGCAAAGGAAGGAACCGGGGCCUGUCAUUUUUUUCCAUUCGGCAACGAAAAAAGCAAAAUUCCGAAUGGGAACAGGCUCUUAUUCAUUCUGUUAACAGAUGCGACAAGAGUUUUAACAUUGAAAGGGCGACUAUAUGCUCUCGGCAUUUUGCCCCAGAAUGUAUCGUCACAACAGCUGGUGGAAAACGUUCAUUGGUACCAGGCAGCCUGCCAACCUUACUAAUACCACCAAGAAGUGUAGAAACUCCAAAGUCUCAACCUAGGAAACCUCCAACGGAGAGACCACCUCCACAGCUGCCAAAGACUGUGGCAUAUUACACCUUCAGUGAAGUGCGAAAAGCAGCUGAAGAACUACCUCUCCCAUGGAUCCAAAUCAGCAACAUGGAGCAAGAGAUUGUGGUGGCCACAGUAGAGGAUAGUAUGGUGAAGUUCAAAGUGAGCAUAAAGGCAGACUUUGUGACCACAGUUCAAGUGUAUGGUUUUUCAGCACCAAAUGAGACUGUAAACAUUGAAAAUUUGAAGCUUAACACUUUUCUCACAAACCUGAGCUGCAAAUGUGUGUGCAAAGGUGUGAUCAGUGAACCAUUGCAGGAAUUUUCUGCCUUACCGAGAAAUGACCAAAACCAACUGUAUUUCAGACACGUCAUAUGCACGUCAGUAGGCACACACACAUCCACUGUUAGAUCCAAAUGCUGUGUGUUGUUGACAGAAAAUGGACAAAUAUGUGAACCGUGUCAGUAUGUUGAGAGACUGCUCAGAAUGAAAGAAAAAAGAGCAAUAGCCAGCAAGUCAAGUUGCAUCAAGACCAACCAUUCUCUUAACCUUCCCAGAGAAAAACUCAAAGAUAUUCUGAAACAGACGAGGAAGUACAGCAAGGCUGUAGAACAGAAACUAAAGAACUUCCAGAAGACUUUAAACUGUAGAAAGUGUAGAAUUAAAUAAUAAAUCCUUGCAUAGGUCAUUGAAGAAUGUACUGGAGAACAAAAUCGACUCUAUGAACAACCCUUUGACACGUUUGUUCUGGCAAGAGCAACUGAAAGCUUUCAAGAUGUAAAGCAAAGCAGGGCAUGCACUGGCAUCCAAUGAUGAUUAGACUGGCAAUACUGCUCCACAGCAGAAGCCCAGCAGCAUACGACACACUCAGAAAAACUGGCGUCCUCCAGUUGCCAGGAGAAUCAACCCUGCAGGAUUACACAAACGUGUUUCAACCAUCACCUGGCUUCAGUAGACAUAUCCUAGAUAGCAUCAUGGAGGCCAGUAAAGACUUUAAGGACAACCAGCGCUUUGUGAUUUUGCUUCAUGAUGAAAUGGCUAUCAAGUCAGACCUGGUCUUUGAUCAGAGGUCUGGUCAGAUGGUUGCGUUUAUUACUGGUUCAGAUGGCACGGCUGAGUUAGCAAGUCAUGCCCUAGUCUUUUAUGUGGUGGGAGUGAACACAUCACUCAGCACAAGCCUGGGUUUCUUUGGCACACAUACUGCUACUGCAGAUGCAAUAUAUGCAUUGUUCUGGAAAGCUAUCGGCUUGCUUGAAAGAGUAUGCAACUUAAAGGUUAUCGCUUCAACCAGCGACAAGGCAACACCCAACCAGCGACUCUAUGACAUGCAUGGGAUUGGCAGCGACACCUACAAAACCAUAAAUUUAUUUGCACGAGACAGGGAAGUGUUCUUCACUUCAGAUCCACCACACUUGAUGAAGACAUUACGCAAUAACUUGAGUAAUUCAGGCUCUGGAAAGAGCACAAGGUACCUCUGGCUCAAUGGGAAACACUUACUAUGGCAGCAUGUGGUUGAUGUAUAUAGUAGAGAUUGCAGCCAACAGCUUCGACAGACCACGCUAACACACCAGCAUGUGCACCUGACCUCGGCAUCAGUGAUGAAUGUCAAACUUGCUGUUCAAGUCUUGGCGCGCUGGGAGAUACCAAUCCUGUCCCUACAGAUCUCUGAUUAACCGAAGAUUAUUUUCUCGCAAGAAAUGUUAGGAACUUUCCAGAUAGUUUUUAACUGACUUAGCUUCACAAUCAUAAUUACAACCCAUCUUUCAAAACUUCAUUUGGCUGCUGGACAGUGCAAACAGCACAGCGAUCACGAAUAUCCCGUCCUUGUAGCGAUCAAGCACCUAAGGGAUGUAACUUACACUUUGAAACCUUAGACUCCAGCGUUUAUUUCCCUUGUUCUAUUUAAAAAUAUAGAUAUAUAAGCCGCUUCAGUACACAGACGGUCCUUUUUAAUGGCUCAAAAAUGGAUAAUAUAAUCGCCACGAGUCAUUUGAAGGACAUCUGCCAAGACCUGUUCCCUUAUGUACAAAUUGUACAUGCUGUAAUAACCAAAUUGUUGACUCCAAAAGGACACAUCAAAAUAAGUUUUCACAAGAUAAAAUGAAGACAUAUAUUCCAAAGACGCAUGCUUAAUUCUUUUCACUAAAUAAAAGGGAAUGCAAAGUCUAAUGAGUCGUGCUUAUUUUUUUCGUAGAGAAGCUAGAAAGUAGAUAUCAGUGGAAAAAAAAAAAAAAACCUUCUUCUGACUGAUCUAAUGUUACAAUAUAAAUCCUAAGCAAGCACAAAAAAUGCCUUAUAAUUAUCUACACACAAGUUUUCUUUUAAAAGCUAACUUUCCUACUAAACA